AUGGGCAAAGUACAACCCAAAAAGCGCAACAGCUCCUCCGCUGGAUCGCCAUAUACGAAAAACAUGCCGAGCGGGUCCCUCAAGAAGAAUCCAAUCUUCAAAUUCAACACCGAUAUUGGCCAACAUAUACUCAAAAACCCCGGUAUUGCAGACGCCAUUGUCGACAAGGCGAAUAUCAAAGAACAUGAAGUCGUCGGUCCUGGAACGGGUGUUCUAACACGGCGUAUCCUUGCAAAAGCCAAGUCGUGCACGGCGAUUGAGUUGGAUCCGCGUAUGGCCGCUGAACUUACGAAGAUGGUUCAGGGGACGCCGAUGCAGAAGAAACUCAGGAUUAUUCUUGGUGAUUUCAUUAAAGUUGAUCUCAAGGAAAUUGGGCAUUUUGAUGUGUUUAUAUCCAAUACGCCGUAUCAGAUUUCUUCGCCGCUUGUGUUUAAACUCCUUGCUAUGCCGCGUCCGCCGCGGGUGUCGGUAUUAAUGGUGCAACGAGAGUUCGCACAGCGUUUGAUUGCCAGACCUGGCGAUGCCAUGUAUAGUCGUCUAAGUGUCAAUGCACAAUUCCACGCAAUCUGCAGCCAUAUCUUAAAGGUUGGCAAAAACAACUUUUCGCCACCGCCCCAGGUCGAGUCCAGUGUCGUCAAAAUCGAGCCUCGACCUGACCGGCCCGACAUCUCUUGGGAAGAACUAGACGGCAUGCUACGCAUUUGCUUUAACCGUAAAAACAAGACUCUGCGCUCAAGUUUCUUUGUGAAGCAAGUACGAGAACUCAUCGAGCGGAAUUGGGUGACGUGGGCAUCCAUGUUCCCUGAUCAGGUGAAGAAGGAAGAUAUGGAUUUUUUGCAGGGGAUCGGAGGCGCCGAAGUUCUUGAUGUGUCGAUGGAGGUUGAUGGCGAGGAAGACGACAAUAACCAAACCCUUCAACUAGAGGGUGAUGAUGAUGACAUGAUGCAGGACAUGCAAGACAUGAUUUUUGGCACAUCAACCUCGGAAAAAACGACAAAGAAAGAUGCGCCAAAACUAUCCGGAAAGACAAUAUCAAUCAACGGCAUCAGCGUCGACAGAGGCCGAUUGAUACAACUCAUUCAAAUCAAGAUUCAGCGCGCAUUAGACAAGUUUGGAUUGUCGGAUAAGCGGAGUCAGAAAUGUGAUGAGACGGCGUUUUUGCAAUUGUUGCAUGCAUUCAACCAAGAAGGCAUUCGGUUUUCCUAG